UGCCCUAUAUAUGCGAAAAUCAAAGCGUAAUAGAAUACCGUCCCGCACAUAAACUACGCCAUCACGCUAUACUAAAACUCUCUGCAAAGUUUGUUUGCAGAACGGUAACGCUGUUACCCUUAACCCCGCUAUUAUGCUUAAGUUAACCUAAAACUGUCUAAUGACACUACCUACUGUAUUCGCAUGGACACAAUGUUGGCAGGGCCAAUCUGUUUUCUGCGCUUUCUGGAGGUUGCAAAUAGCCAAGAGUAAAAUGUAGAAGAAAUAACUCAAGAAAAAUUAUAAAAUGCUAAGUUAUGACGUUAUUAAGUGUCGCAACAUGCUAAACCUUACUGUGGGUUACAUUUAAAAAACAGUAAUCUCCUGCUUCACGGCUGGCCACAUUCAUAGCGGCUCGGCGGCGUUCGCCGCUGGAUCGUCGCAUGAGGGGCGGUGAGGCGAAAACAUGGCGGCGAGUCUCGCUACAUUUUUUGAUGCGCGAACAUCGUCGGUGAAGUUCGCUCCAUGAGGGUCAGGCUUUAUUGAAAACUUUGGCUGAGGUGGCAGCCCAUGACAUCACUGCACUCCAUGUCUUCCGACAUUCAUAGAUUUUAUAGUUGAAAACCUUUAUUUGUUGAAGUAUGUUCUGAUUUUAGAACACUGGGCAUUGGACAAUCAUGUGAUGUAUAUAUUGAGGAAAUCCGACAGGUCAACCAGCUAUGCUUCGAUGUUUUCUGAGAUUCCCCUCGAGAUACUGGACUAGCAAAAUGCUCAUUAUUAGCAGUAGCAUCUGGUGUGGUCGGAUUUUCGCAUUCCGUAAUUGCAGUUUGGUUUUCAACAACCACUGAAGAUGAGUCACAACAAGACACCUCCACCUCUUUGAUUUCUGUGAUUUUGAAACUGGAUAACUGUUUUGUCUGAAAACACACAUCAGGGUCCACAUAGGCGACCAGCCACUUCAAUGCCCCUCAUGCUCUCAGACUUUGUGAUCCUAUAUCACUGCACCAUCUGUUCCAAGUUGUUUGUGUUGGCCAAUCAUUUGAGGGAACAAUCACUUGAGGGAACCUCGCCAUGGUGGGUUAGCGGCUAUGACAUUGCUCUGCUAAGCACGAGGUCAUGGGAUCAAAAGUCGGUUGCGGCAGCCACAUUUUGAUGGCGGCGAAUUCUGAAAAUGCUGGUGUGCCGUGCAUUGGAUGCACAUCAAAGGGAAACUCUGGCGUUUUUUAACUGUAUUGAAAUAUUCUCAUUUUCAAGUGGUGUUGACACUCUCGUCACCGGCAGGGUUGUUCAAUUUGAUUAGAAAGUCAUCACUAACUUUAAAUAACCAAUAAACAAAGAACCGAAACUGAAACGGGUAGCUGCUUCGUUUGACGUCUUCGAUCAGUUGAUGUCGGAUCCUACACUGCCGUAAUGUAAACAUGCAGUAGAUGUGGUGCUAACAACAAAAAAGCGAAGCUGACGAUGUCUUCUGACCACACUCGGAGCUAUUCCAUCUCGUUCGAACUAGAUAUGAGCGCUCAAGGAUUGCCGUUUGCUUUUGACGUUCCACAUGAUGCAGCUAACGUGCCCCAAGCUCUGUGCAUUGUGCUGCGGCAAGACGACGAGAAGCACUGGUUAUCACGUCUUUCAAAACGAUGAUUGUCGGCCGUCGUCUUGUUGAAAGAGGAGCACCUUCGUCACUUCUGGACGAGGUGACGGUGUAACCUCUGACAUCACGAACACAAGGCGGCCUGUAAAAAGUCAUACAACAACAAUUGGAGAGUUCCUAAAAACUAAGAUCACUUCAUAGCCUGUGUUCUCUUGUUCUAAUCUUGAAGAAUUACCUGUGCUUUGCUUACUAUGUUUAUAGCAUGCAAUAAUGCACCUGUUUGCAUAAAAUAAACAUAAGAGCAUAUGAGCACUUAAUGGCCCGUCAAGAUACUGCUAGGAGUACUAGACACCUUACACAAUUUAUUUGACGCUGCGCAAUAUCUGUUGUUUUCUAUUCGUUUGUGUGGUAGAAGCAGUGGUUUGCUAUGGUGCAUUGUUAGUUGUAUUCUCCACAGUAGACAUGACUGUGGAAUGCAUUGAUGGACUGCAUUGCUUAUUCUUUGUUGAGGUAGUUCUUACAUUGUGAGACGACAUGCCCGGUUUACCUUGCCUACUGUUUCAAUAAUUUCACCUGCACUUAUAUUGAAUGGUUUACUGGUGCAUAGGCUGUGGUAAAAAGAACAAACUUUAAUGAGUAUGCCAACAUGAUCACAAUGGGUAACAAAGGCUAACACUAUGGUGUACAAAUGUCUGGGCAUCAAGUUAGUCAUUUUAAGACAAUGUAUCCUAAAUGGCUGACAAUUACAUAAAUUUUUAUCUGCACUGUUGUACAUGCAGUAUUUUUUUGUCUGAUAAAUAUUGAGGAUAGCAUUAAGCUUUCAGUAUAGUGUGAAAGCUUUUCAUAAUACAAAACUUUCUUUUUUGUGAAAGUAUGUUAUUUCACAAACCUGGCCAUUAAAGAAACGCAUAUUCCCUCCUUUGUGCUGUGUGCACACCAAGAUAGUGCAUGAAAAGCAAAAGCAAUGAUGAAGAUAAUGUUUAAAACAUGUUGCUUACAUCAUGAUAAGCCUCUGGUUGGCCCUGUGCUGCAAGUUUGAAUAUUAGGUAGAAUGUUUCAAGUGUAGACAGCUGGGUGCUUGCUUUCAAUGGCAGUAUGCCAUGUAGUGCGGGCCUGCUUUUUUGACUGUUUUUGACAAUGUUUUACACCAGGCAUAAUUUUGAAGUCGGUAGUAGGUGAUUUCCAGUUAUGCUAUACAUGAAAUAGCUGACGUGCCUGUAGAGAGUUCUCACAUGUAGUCCACAUUCUAUAAGUUUGAUUACACUGGGUGAAUUGAAAAUUCUCAAACCAAUAAUUCCCUAGCUUUACGUUUUUCAUGAUUGUAAAGAUGCAAUAAAUGUGCUGAAACUCAAUUUCCAGUGGAGAAUAUUAAUUGGUGCCUGAAGGGAAUAUGAAUAUUGCGGAAGAGUGGUUUGUUUGACAAUUUUUUAUAUCACGCUCAAGAACUACAGGACUAACAAAAGGCUUAUCAUUAGCAAUAGAGCCUGUGUGUUCUAAUUGUGGCAUUUCUUAAAUGCAAUUUGGUUUUCAUUGUGCAGGAUCAAAGCAGUCAUCCUGGCCAUCAACUACCGCGGAUGACAAGUCGCAGCAAAUGAACCUCCACCGCUGUGAUAUCUGCGAAUAUGAAACUGGAACACUGUCCAAUCUAAAAACACACAUCAGGCUUCACAUAAAGGAGCGGCUAUUUCAAUGCCAUUUGUGCCCUCAAAGCUUCUCGGAAAGAUCUAGCCUGACUACGCAUUUGCGCAUUCACUCAGGCGAGAAGCCAUUUCACUGCCCUUCAUGCUCUAUGAGCUUCUCGCGAAAGGGCAAUCUGAACAGACACCUGCUUGUCCACACUGGUGAGCGCCCAUUUAAAUGCGAUUUGUGCCCUCGAAGUUUCUCGGAAAGAUCUAGACUGACUAUGCAUUUGCGCAUUCACUCAGGCGAGAAGCCAUUUCACUGCCCUUCAUGCUCUCUGAGCUUCUCGCAAAAGGGCACUCUUAACAGACACCUGCUUGUCCACACUGGCGAGCGGCCAUUUCAAUGCCAUUUGUGCCCUCAGAGCUUCCCGAAAAGAUCUUGCCUGACUAGGCAUUUGCGCAUCCACUCAGGAGAGAAGCCAUUUCACUGCCCUUCAUGCUCUCUGAGCUUCUCGCAAAAGGGCACUCUUAACAGACACCUGCUUGUCCACACUGGUGAGUGGCCAUUUCAAUGCUAUUUGUGCCCUCAAAGCUUCUCGGAAAGAUCUAGCCUGACUACGCAUUUGCGCAUUCACUCAGGCGAGAAGCCAUUUCACUGCCCUUCAUGCUCUCUGAGCUUCUCGCAAAAGGGCACUCUUAACAGACACCUGCUUGUCCACACUGGUGAGCGGCCAUUUCAAUGUGAUUUGUGCCCUCAAAGCUUCUCGGAAAAAUCUAACCUGACUAAGCAUUUGCGCUUUCACUCAGGCGAGAAGCCAUUUCACUGCCCUUCAUGCUCUCUGAGCUUCACGCAGAAGGGCACUCUUAACAGACACCUGCUUAUCCACACCGGUGAGCGGCCAUUUAAAUGCGACUUGUGCAAUCGUAGGUUUUCUCAGGCAUGCAACCUGAAGGUUCAUUUGUGCAUCCAUUCAGGCAAGCGACCAUACCGCUGCACCGUCUGCUCCAAGUCCUUUGUUUUUUCUUCUCGCUUGAGGAAACAUAUGAAAACACACCACCAUGACAGCCCCGAGUAGGUCACCAGCCAUGUAGGUGUGCAUUAUGAAUCUAUAUACCUGCGCAGUAUGUUGCAUGGCAUUCUGGUGUAUCAGGAAGCAAAUGUUGACAUUCAUAUGUUUUUAUGUGUACUUCUUUAUUUUUUUUCUUCUCGUGAAAUAAGAGGUAGUCUGUGUAAGAUUUUACUGUGCUAUGGUGUUAACCUUAGUGAAGGGUGAUUGAUAGAAAAACAUACCCGCUGCAGUGGCUUAGUCAGCUAAGGCAUUGUGCUGCUGAGCAUGAGAUCGCGGGGUCGAAUCCCGGCCGCGGCGGCCGCAUUUCAAUGGAGGCGAAAAUGCAAAAACGCCCGUGUGCUUGUGUUGUAGCGCACAUUGAAAGAACCCCACGUGGUCAAAAUUAAUCCGGAGCCCUCCACUACGGCGUGCCUCAUAAUCAGAACUGGUUUUGGCACCUAAAACCCCAGAAAAGAAGAAGAUUGGAAAACAUGAUUUUGAAUUAUGGUCGCCUGCAUCAAUACCAGGUAGCAUGUUCUUCAUUGCAGUGCCUAUUCCACACAAUACAUUUGUAUAUAUUCAAGUGGAUUAAGGUCCUCUCAAACUGAAGAACAAAGAUCCAUAGAUUGAUAGUGUCAUGGUAUCCAGUCCGCACUCAUUUUCAUGCUGUGAAUUUGCGAGGACAUUGUGCUGGCAUGUGGACCUUUAUUGAGUCGUAGUGUGAUAAGUUUUAUCAGCUAUAUUAUGUACAGCCUUUGGUAAAAGAAAUGACUCCUGUAGGAGCACAGAUGCAGCUUUCUCAUUGAGGAGGUCACGGUGCUGUUAGGUGCUAGUACUUUGACAUUUUGACCAACGCAGGAGGGGGUGAACAAGGCAUUUCAUAUGCAGCUCCCAUCAGUAACAUACUGCAUUUCUUUUGCCAAAGGCAAAAGGCAUGCAGUAUUGUGCCUUGCGGCUGGUGUGAGAGGUUCAUUAUUGGCUACGCUUUUGUUCCCUACUUAUUGUGCCAUGUGUAUGACUAGUAGAAUAGUUAUGCUAUAUUCACAUUCCCACUAUCUAGGAUUUGUAGAAUGUGUGAUAGUUCUUGUUAGUGGUUGUACCGUGGGGAGUUUUUCUUCAUGUGUGUGACUGGUACAUGCAGUUAUGUUCUGUGGGCAUGCAAAAAUGUGAUCUGCUCUAUUCAUCUCGCCUUUUUAUUGCCUGUUGGGUGUAGUAGUUAUUUUUAAAAUUUUUUUUCUUGAUACUCUGUCGUGUCAUUGUCUUCAUGCAUGGAAGCAUUCCUUAACUGCAGUUGAAUGACUGGCCUUCACUACGAAUUGACAGUCUUUUCUGGAGGACCAUAUCAAUCACUGUGCUUGAUGAGUGCAUUGCUAAUGUUUAUAUAUGUUUUCUUUUUGUUUGCACUUAUAGUGAUAACCUCCGUUGCAGUCGUUCGUCAAUAAACAAUCUUUCUCUUACGUUUAUAAAGUAUCCUUGGCAUUUUAUUAUCUUCGAUGCUCUAGUACAAUAUCAGUGAUGGCACUUCCAAGUAUUAUUGCUCAUUGCCAGUGAACACCUCUGUUAUGAUAUAUAUGCAUCAGAAAUUUAAUAUGUCAGCCAGUUCUUAAGUUCCAUGUGUGCUUUAUUUUCCGACGUUGGUUCAUCUAAGACACUGGUAAUUCUGCUUCCUUUUCUGUUCCAUCUUUUUCCGAUGUAGAGUUCAGAUGAAUGUUUGAAUACCUUGAAAAGCUUUAGUCUGAAAAGCACAUUUUCAAGCCCUUAUAUGUCUGCAAAUUUUUACAGAUCAUUAAGGUAUUUGAAUUCUGAUUCGGCAAUCAUAUGUGCCACCUCCUCCUCCUCGAGAGAAAUUUACGCUUCUUUGAUGGCGUAGCUAUUUCGACCGGACACACACCAAAGAGAAAACGGCAGCUAUUGUGGUGAUCCCGCACUGUACCCGUGCAGUCUCACGCAGACGCGUGAUUCUAGCCACCCUAGCGUGAUUACCACGCGUGGCUAUGGAUUGCAGUGGCUCAAAUUGGUACUUUGAAUUUGAUUUCGUUUUCGAAAACCGCGUUCAAGCGGACAUACAAUCGCCACAGCUUUGAAGGGCCUUCUAAUUUGACUACGCAGCAGUUCCAGUUUAGUCCCAGUUUCGUUCUCGAAAAGUUAGUUGAAGCGGAAAUACCGAAUAAAACACCUUCGUUAUGAAGACAAUUUUUUGUAUUGCGCUUAAAUCUUGUUAUAACGAAGUUGCACGGGCACCGAAUUUUUUUCAUUAUACCCAUUAGUUGGUUAUAGCCACUGACUAAUGAUUAUACGACUAAUUACAGGUAAUUCAUCACAGAGGUAUCAGCUCCUGUCACAGCUGAGCUGCUGUAUCUACCAGUGGCGCACCGACGGGGGGGGAUUCGGGGGUUGUAACCCCCCCCCUGAGGCCGACUUAACCCCCCCUUUUGUUUAACCCCUUUUCUUUCCUUACGCAUUUGAGUGCUGCAACUAAGAUGUAAGACGCGCAAUCGUCUGCACACUCGCAAAAAGCGCAUUUUUUUGACAAUUUCCCGUGAAGAAAUCGAAAUUAGUGCUGUUUAGAUGGUAUUGGCAAACUGUCAACCCCCCCUGGCGGAGAUCCUGGGUGCGCUACUGGUAUCUACAGUAAAGUGCUAAUCGAAAAACAACGAAAAACUGGGAUGAAACACAAAAACAUAAUAGCUGAUUUUAUUGUGCUCGACGCUAACCGCGUAGCCUUUCAAGUAGAUGGCGCGAAAAAGUUUGAUGCUUCGCUGCUAUCUCGAAGCCAUCUUCGCCGUCUUCGUACCCGCCAAAGUCUCUGGCUUUUCUCUGGAGUAGUGCCCCACUCAGGGGCAAAUUAGCAGCCCGUGCUUCCGAAAACCACUUGAACAGUGCCUCUUCCACUGCUUCAAAGGCAGGAAGACCGAAGCUUCUUCCGCAUACCUUUUACGCCGUGUGCAACAGCGCCAGUGAUGCUGAGAAUUUUCCUUGCUGCUGAGAAUUGUAGAAAGUGGGCUCGGCACGAUGCCGAAGUCCUUGGCCACUUGCGUUUUCUUCGUCCCUGAUGCAACAGCUCCAAUUAUGGCUGCCUUUUGAUCCAGAGCGAUAACUUUCUGUUUUCGUUUUGAGCAGCUGCUACCGUCAGUCAUUUUCCUGUCGUGUAACCGGCAACACAACGUAAAAAGCAAAGGGGCUGACAGACUUACGCCCACUUCCGAAACAAAGGAAACGAGUGCGCACAGCACGCUAACAGAAGUUAGGCUUGGCCAGCUUGGCUUGGUUA